GCUAGAACUUGAUCGCCUGCAGCGUUGCCUUUCAUGAAUGCUUGACAAGGCCAGAACAUCAAAUAAGGGCAGCAAAAGGGAUGCCCAAGGCAUGUGCCCAUCAUCUCUGCGACUACCUGCCCCUUCGGCAAAAGGGCCCAAGCCCCUCCACCCGCCUCAUUUUUCCUCGGAAGCGCGCGAUUGGCUCGAUCGCGAAGCCAACCUUUUCUCACCGCGUCCUCCAAAUCUCCUAACACGGUCAAUAUGGCGAGCAUCCUUGGCUCUACCCAUGAUUCCGAAUGAAUGUCCGCAGGCGAGGACGAUGAGCAAUAAGUUGUCGAGACCGCACAGAACUGCGGGUGCUGGUGUCUCGCCAGGCGAAACCCUUACCAGACCUUGCCCACAUGCGUCCCACACCAUCCCUUCGAUGCACAUCAAGCAGUUUGCUUCCUUCUUGGCUCAGAUUCUGGCCCUGCUACCCUCCCUUUCUACGAAUCGCGGUUGAGGCACGGGGGCAUCAUUGCUUCUUCCUUGGUCGGUUCAAGAACUGACAGCUGUUAAAAGGACCACGCGAAACUAUAUCACGAGACAGGUUUGAAAGCAUGUUGAAAAGGGUGGUAGGUUGCUACGGACGCUUGGCGUUUUGUGACACUCCAAUCGCUUCGUUCCUCUGGUCUGAGGGGACAUUUUCGCAGUAUCUCGCUCACGGAUCCUCCACGCAUAAAGUCCCUUGCUUCUGCUACAGCGUUUGGCGAGCGGAUCCUGGCUCGGAUGAAAGAAAGAAAAAAAAAAGGUGAGGCGAACAACACUGUUCUAAACAUGACGAUUCACUCCACACGCGCACUAUGCCAGAUCACAAGGUCGCUGGAAGGACCGUGGUUGAACUUCGAUCCGAAGUUUUUGAUCCGAACAUCACAAUGGAUGGCGGUGGAUCUGAGCUCAAAGUCUGUUUCCCAGUGAAACGAGGGCACGUUGCAAUGAUGACCCCGGAGAAGCAUAGACCUGGCUGUUUUCUCGUAGUCAAUCUCGACGGGUUUCCCAUCCGUCAUCGACGCGAGAUUGACAGGUCAUCCGCAAGCGCUGCAUGGCGUGGUGGAAUGCUGAGUGGGGAGCGCCGAUGGUGACACAAAGCCACCCCGUACCCCAGUCAAACGGUGGGCGGGCGUUGAAAUGUGAUGUGUCGCCUCGUUUGCUCCCCUUGUGACUUCGUCAUUGGUAUGGGCCUGCCGCUCCACUCCAGGGCGUCUCGAAAGAGAAUGCCGAAGUUUGAGAAUGGAUGGAGCAUUCAAACUACAUCAGACAGGGGACAAGCAAACAAUUGUUCGGUAGACGACAGGUUCAAACAAAGUGAGGAACACCCGAAGCUGAUCAACCAUCACUCAUUUCGACUGGUGCCUAGCGCGAGAAGACGCCUUGGGAGCCAGCUCGUGGAAUAGUCCAGCCACAAAUGCGCGGGCCUCUUGUUCGAAUUCGGACCGUCAUCAUGUG